GUGAGCGGUACUUUCUGAACUAAAAGUAGAGACUAAGCUGAUCUCGUGUUUCUUCUAUCAAAAAGCGCGUCGCCCGAACAGGGACUUGAACCCUGGACCCUCAGAUUAAAAGUCUGAUGCUCUACCGACUGAGCUAUCCGGGCUCUGGGACACGGAGCCCCCGCCGGAGCUCAGGUAGCCUCGGGAACAGCUCAGCCGCUCUGGCCGACUCCGCUCCUCCGUGUGUCCGCAGUAGAUAAACCCGCUGAGCUGAAGGAGCAGCUGCUUUGUUAGGCGCAUGUUUCCCUGCUGCUUUAUUAGGCGCAGUUUUCUCUCCUCCGUUGUAAAUGUACGGAGCGGAGCCUCGGGUCUCGGCGCCACAGCGCCGGGGAGUAAAGUGACGGCGGGGCGCAGAUUAUUUACAUCGCAGAGUUUACACCGAGCUGCGCCGCUGCGGCCUACGCAGCCUCGGUGUAGAUUAUCGGAGCUGCCCGCGAAUGGCGCCUGGUCGACAGGCAGGAGAGCAGCCGGCUGCCGGUGGAGCUCGAACCGGAGCUCAAGUAAUGCUGAUUUUAGUUCAAAGAUUCCUCAAUUUCCCACUUGGGAGCCAGUAGCUGAAAGCCAACUUCCCCCACCCACAAAAGUUUCCCUAGACCUUGUGGACAAGCUGGAACGACUUGCCCUUGUGGACUUUGGCAACCAGGAAGGUGUGAACUGUUUGGAGAAAGCAAUCCGGUUUGCCGAUCAGCUUCACGUUGUCAACACUGAUGGUGUAGAGCCAAUGGAUUCUGUGCUAGAAGACAGACCCUUGUAUCUGAGAGAAGACACGGUGAGGGAAGGAGACUGCGCAGAGGAACUUCUUCGGCUUUCCAAGCAUAUAGUGGAAGAGUACUUUGUAGCACCUCCAGGAAACAUCCCGCUUCCAACGAGAGAGGAGCGAUCUGCCAUGCUGAAACAUGCCGACUUCUGAUUUCAUAAAUAUCAAUAAUACAUUGCUUUAUUGUUUAUAAAUGCAUAAUAAACGUGUCUAUUUAAAGGGGA